AUGGAUUACGGUAUCUGUGAGGAGAUUUAUGGCGAAUCGAUAAAUCAACUGAAUCCCUCAGUCUCAACUAGAUACGGAGUUAGGCAAGGUAUAAUAGCCUUUUAAAUUUUAGCAGUCCUAUUCAAAUAAUUCUUAAUUUAUUCUUAGAGCUUUGUCCAAACGGUGUGGAUCCUCAAAGAAAUCCGGAUGGGAAUAUCAAAUGGUGCCGCCUGGAUGCAGAAUGUCGUCUUAACUAUGAGUGUGUUCCAAUAGUCGGAUUGAAUCACUUUGGGAAUCCGGUCAAGUAUUGUUGUCCAACGAAGUGUAAAUGCAAUUUAUGUAUAACAUGUUUCGUAUUUAGACUCAUACUGUUCACGGAAACCGAAAACAAAUAAUCUUAUGAAUUGUGCCAAACCCGCGAUAACUCUAUAUUAUUUUGACACUACCAGACUAAGAUGUCGUCCUUAUACCGUAACCGGAUGCGAUGAAUUGGAAAGUACCGUAGAUGAAGUGCAGAAUCGAUUCGGAACCAUUAAGGACUGCAGAUCAAAGUGUGAGACGACAGGUAAGAACCAAAAAGUGAUGAACCGUUGCGUCCUAAAAUUUUAGCUUGUGAAGUCGGAGAAACCCCACUAUAUCUUGAUGAUGACUUUGAGAAACCGUAUCUUUGCGAAUCCAGAGAUCAAUGUCCCCACGGGUAUCUCUGCAGAUACGAUAAACUUUUCCGAAGACAAGUUUGUUGUGGUAAAACGACCUUUGGUAAGCGUGACUACUGAUUUCACUAAAGAAUUUAAUUACUACAUGUAAUAUUCUGAUUACUAACCCUAACCUAUUAUACUAACCCACUAACCCAGAUCCCUGUCCCGGAUAUCGGACUUACAUUGUCCCUUUCACCGGUCGUCCGAGAGAAUGCGAUCCCAUGAAUCGAGAGAAAGAUGAAUGCCCAUCCGAUUACUUAUGCACCUCCACACCUCAGAAUAUCCUCAGUUAUUGUUGUGGUCGAAUCGAAGGUUUAUUUUUAUAUAUUGAUUAACGUGCCGUCUUACUUUAGGAAUCUGCCCAUCGGGACAGAGGCCUUGUAUCCAUCCGUUGACUGCCAGCACCAUCAAAUGUAAUCCCCAUAGCUAUGAUGCUGCCUGUCCUUCUGGUUAUGCGUGUUCUCCCACCAUCGUAGGAUCUUCUUGGGGAUUCUGCUGUUCGCAGGCGCUGGUUGGUAUGCUAUUUUUUAUUUUAACUUUAUGCUUGUGUAGCAUAACCGAUCUAUUGUAUAAACAAUUAUUGCAUACUUUUUUAGCAAACUGUCCUCGUAAUACUCGGCCUUACAUCAAUAUUGCAACAAACAUGCCUCAAAAAUGUACUGUGGGUGUUACUGUUUGCAAGUAAGUUGACAGUGAAAAUUAUUUGUUAUCUUUUCCAGUCAUGGUUAUGUUUGUCAAAACAGUGAACCCAACUCAGCCAAUGGAUUCUGCUGCACUCCUCCCAAUUCAGCGGAAUUCGUUGCAAGACCCAUGUCCAGGUUGCAAACAACCACUACCGCCAAGAUUAUUGCAAUCGACAAUAAGGGUAGAAGCAAGAGCGAGAGUGUGGAGGACAAGAAAAUCUCAUCCGAAAGUCGAGAGAAAAGUGAACAGAUAGGUAAUUUCAAUUAGUAAAAUCAAAAACUUUUAGAAACCACAUCAAAGGCGUCGCUGGAAUUCAGUAAAGAAGAUAAAAGUACCUUUGAGGAAACAAAAGUAAUAACGCAACAGACUCAGAAGCCAACGAAAAUCGAAAGGACAACCACAACUUUCAGCAAAUCGACACAUCGCCCAAAGACCGUGAGGACAAAAUCCCAUAAAGAAGAACUAAAAUGUCCCGAGGACUUCAAUCCAAUGAAGUAUCCGAAAACAGGGCUGAUAAUGCAUUGUACCAGGAGUCGAAAGAGCGAUUGUCCAGCACCAUCUAAAUGUCUGAAAGGAUGGAAUGAUCCUUUGAAUAGAACCUUAUGCUGUCUACAUCAAGAUGAUCAAAUUUCUGAAGAUGCCUCUUCAAGUUCAGAUUCGAACGAGAACGGCCGAACAUUCAAAAUCGUCGCAAAUUUGAAUUUAGGACACAGUGAAGGUAUGUAUCUCUCGAUUACAAGAUUUUGUGAUCAGAUCCAGCCUGUCCAACCAUCAUUUUGGGCCGAAGUUGUCGAGCUGGAUCAGUCGACGACUGUGAGGAUAACUUCUUUUGUCAAUUCAACAAACAAUUCAGGGAGUUCUUAUGUUGUAGUUACCUAAAGAAUGCAGGGAACAACAUCCUAUAUGGACCGCCAAGCUUCUCGCCAUUCAAAUGA